GUUUAGUUGCGUCGUGGAAAGCUGGAGUGUUACGUUAGUCAUUUGCCAUCACACGACAACCGUUACGCAUCCCUGUCUGUAGCCUUGAGUCGCCUUCUUGUCAAGCUACCUCUGCAAAAUGUAUAUAAAAACUACAUAGACCCAUCACAAUCGAAUUUGGAUUCUUCACAAUCAACAACUUCACCAAACAAUCACUAGAUCAUCAGAUCCAUUACCAUCUAUUAAGUAUUCAACAUGGCAAACGCCAACAACAAUAACAACAAUCAAGUGCCCCCUUUCUGGGAGUACAUGCAAUCAUUCGGACCUCACGCAGCCAUGAGAGCUGGCGCUGGUGUCGACCACGCCAACACCGGACCCAGCUUCGGCCCCGGGUUCCCAUUCCACAACGCUCAAUCUUGGCCGGGCCACGAGUGGGCCCGCUCGGGCGAGCCAUGGAACGGGUGGCACGGAUUUCAUGGAUGGCACGGCGGCAGGCAUGGCGGUAGGCACGGUCGACACGGCUUUCAGAACUAUCGCGAUGGUCCUACAUCAGACAGAGAGGAGAACGAGCACGACAACGACAACGAUGAUGACGAUGAGAUGGAGAGUGCUCCCGAAACCAUGAGAAACACUCCGGACGAGUCUGUCAAUAGUGAGGCCCCGCCUGCGCCUCCUUCGGGUGCUCCCAACCAGCCUCCUCACCCACCUCACCCAUUCCACCACGGACCCCGUGCUUUCGGUGGCCAUCAUCGUGGAGGACGAGGUGGUCGAUUCGGACGUCGGGGAGGCCGCCGUGGCCCACACCCACACUCACACUCACACUCACCGCCCCCGCAUUACAAUGGCCCUUGGGACUUCCGACCCUUGAUGCAUGCUUUCGCCACCCAUCCGUUCGCCGAGGCGUUUAGAGAUUACAUGGACCAGGCCCGCGGAGGUUUCUCAGGCGAGUCCAACGAGCAGCAGGAAGUUGCUUUCGUACCCCCUGUCGACGUCUUCAACACGGACAAGGCUUACAUCCUCCACGUAUCGCUACCCGGUGCGAAGAAAGAGGACGUCGGUGUGAGCUGGGACGGCGAAAAGGUCAACAUCGCCGGAGUCGUCCACCGUCCCGGCGACGAGGAGUUCAUCAGCUGCUUGACUUCUAGCGAGAGGAAGGUCGGCAUGUUCGAGCGCAGCAUCAAGCUACCGCCUCCCGGAAGCAACGAGAAGGAGGAGGUCGACGGCAUCGGCAUCACCGCCAAGAUGGAGAACGGUAUCCUCAUCGUGACCGUUCCUAAGACCGAGAAGGAGUGGACUCAGAUCCAUAAGGUUGAGAUCCAGUAAACGUGGAUUUUUCUUACUUGGACGGGUACGGUUGGCAAGGAAUAGGUACGGAAGGCCGAGAAUAACCUGGUAAUUCGAACGGCAGGCGCAAGGAGUUUAGGAGUUUUCAGAUAAAAUUGCCCCCAUCAUAACCAAUAAAAAAUUGCGUUCAAAAUAAUUCAAUGUCUCCC